ACGAUUUCAUUGACUACCUUCAUUAAAAGCCUCUCCAACAGUCGUUUCUUCUUCAUCUCUUUUCUUUCUUUUCUUCUCAAGUGAAAAACAAUGGCGUCUUCAAUACUCCCAUGCAUAUUACUUAUUACGGUACUGUUCGGUUUAGCAAGCUCCGACGUGAACCAAGACAAAGCCGAGUGCAAGAACCAUUUGAUGGGGUUGGCUCCGUGUUUGUCGUUCGUCGACGGUGAGGCUAAAACCCCCACCGUGGAUUGCUGUGGUGGGCUUAAACAGGUGUUGGGUGCGAGCAAGAAGUGUCUCUGUGUGGUGAUCAGAGAUAGGGAUGAUUCCAGCGCCGGGCUUAAGAUCAACGCCACACUCGCCGCCGCUCUUCCCUCCGCUUGCCGUGCCAAAGUUAACAUGACUGAUUGCAUUUCCCUUCUCCAUUUGGCACCAAAUUCCCAGGAAGCGAAGUUAUUUGAAGGAUAUCAAAAGCUGACAGAAAGGAACCCCAUAAUGGCCACUACCACCCCAUCUACCACCGGGAAGUCCACAGGCAAUGGUGCAGAGAAUAGUGGGGGAGGAAAGGGAAAUGAAAUGGCUUUGGGAGCUUCUUUAUGGGUUUUCACUAUGCUUCUUCUUAACUUUGGUGUGUAAUACAGUACUGGAAUUUACGACCAACUGCUAUUAUUAUAUUUGGUAAACAGUGGUCCAUGAUGAAGAAGAUGAACUUAUGUAUUUUAAUUUAGUUUAAUUACGAAUUUCAUCCUUCUAUUUUAUAAAAGUUGACAUGUUAGUCCCUUUAAUUUGUUA